UCAGUCGGAACCUUAAAGGGUGACAUCCAGCCGUUGCUCGGUGCCGUGGAAGUGCAUGUUAUUAUUUCAUCUGUUAUCAAGCAACAAUGUCUUCAGUUGAGGGUUUGAGAGAGUUUGUCAACGAGCGACUAUCUGCUGCUGCUGAAGAAAUAUUCGGAGUUUUUAAAAGAAGCAUCGUCGAGUACCAGGAAGAGAUCGACCGGCAGCGCGGACUGUUGGAUGUUUUAUUGAAACCCGAAGUGAGGUUACACCGGAUAGAGCUCCCGCAGUCACGUGUCUGUAAGGAGGAGGAGGUUCUCUGUGACCAGCAGCUCUGUCUCCAGGAGAGGAACCCCAGUCUGGACCAAGAGGACCCAGAUCCUCCACAGAUUAAAGAGGAACAGGAGGAACUGUGCAGCAGUCAGGAGGGAGAGCAGCUUGAACCGAAGCAGGAGGCCGACACCUUUACGUUGACUCCCACUUGUGAGGAAACUGAUCACUGUGAUGAUGAGACUCCGUUUUUGAAUCCUGACAGAAGUCAGAGUGAAUCAGAGACAGAGCCUCCAGCUAUCACGUGUACCAGCGGGUUAGAUGAGGAAAUAGACUGUGAACGUUUUGUGGUACCAGAACCAAACGACAACAACAAGGAGCCACAACAGCAGAUUCUGGCUCCUCCAGGUGACAAGACAUUUUUGUGCGAAACAUGUGGAAAAUAUUUCCAACAUAAAAAAAGCUUGUUGGCCCACGUGAAAAGAUUCCACAGUGUUGAUCAACCAUAUGUAUGCAACACCUGUGGGAAAAGAUUCAUGGAUAAAUCACCAUUUGAGCUUCAUAAAAGAGUCCACAGUGAUGAGAAACCAUUUUCUUGUCAAAUAUGUGGAAAAUAUUUCAAAUUUAGUAAUGGCUUAAAAUUCCACAUGGAAACUCACACUGGGGAAAGGCCGUUUUCUUGCAACACCUGUGGGAAAACAUUCACUCUGAAAUCACAUUUGACGUUUCAUACAAGAAUUCACACUGGGGAAAGGCCAUAUUCUUGCAUUACUUGUGGGAAAACGUUCACUCAGACAUCACAUUUGAAGUCUCAUAUAAGAAUUCAUAGUGGGGAGAAGCCAUAUUCUUGCACCACCUGUGGGAAAACAUUCCCUCUGAAAUCACGAUUGAAGUAUCAUACAAGAAAUCAUACUGGGGAAAAGCCAUAUUCUUGCAUCACCUGUGGGAAAACCUUCUCACGAACAUCAAAUUUAAAGUCUCAUAUAAGAAUCCAUACUGGCGAGAAGCCAUAUUCCUGUAAAAUAUGCAAAUUCGGUUUCAGAAGUUCUAGUAACUUAAAUGUGCACAUGAGAAGAAUCCACAAGGAUGAACCGUUAUAGAUGCAACUCCUGUGAGUUUAAUUCUGAGCAAUAUCCAAGAUUAGAAAGGCGUUGAAGCGUUCUAUUAGGGCGGUCAAAAGUCAUGCUUAGUAACUCCUCUUCUGACAGGCGUAACCAUCUAGCCGAAUCCUGACUGGAAGAACAUUCACUCAUCAAUUAAACUUAAAAUCACCGAUCAAAUUUUUUUUUCAUUCCUGCUUUUUUCAACUAAGAUCUCAAAAAGUAAACCCAUGCUAUGAUACUCAGACCUGGAAAAAGUCAUUCAUACAUAGGUUCUCUCCCAACUAGACUACUGCAACUCCCUCCUAUUCGGCAUGAACCAAAAAUCCAUUUCCCUUCUCCAACUAAUCCAGAAUGCAGCAGCCAGGCUUCUGACUGGUUGUAUCAGACGGCAUUGCAUUACUCCAGUCCUGGUCUCUCUCCACUGGCUUCUUGUUAGUUUUAAAAUUGACUUUAAGAUUUAAUUGAUCACCGUUAAAGCACGUCUGGGUCUGGGCCCGAGCUACAUUGUUGAAAUGUUAGCCCCACAUGAGCCAGCUCGCAGCCGCCUUAGAUCCUCCAGCUUGGCCGAUCCAAAAGCGAGGCUUAAAUCAAGCAGUGACCGUGCUUUUGCCAUUAGAGAUCCUCAACUUUGGAGCAGCACACCUAAGAGGAUAAGGCUUGCAGAAUCAGGGUCUUCUUUUAAAUCACUCCCUACAACCCAUUUCUAUAGAGCUGCCUUUAAGUGAUGUUGGCCUUUUACGUCCUUUUAUGAAGUUUUAUGGUUCUGUUAAUUUAGUUUGUCUGACGUCUAUAUAUGUGUGUGUGUGUGUGUGUGUGUGUAUAUAUCUAUAUGCAUAUAUACACAUAUGUAUUUUUUUGGUCUUCUGUGCUUGUUGCUGUUGUGUUCAUUUUCGAUAUGGCAUGAUCCCUUUUGACUUCUGUAUUUUCUGAAAUGUUUACCUGUAUUGACGUUAUGUAUAACAAUGUCUACUUCUCUGUAAAGUACUCUGUAAACAAUGCUUUUUAAAAGGUACUAUAUAAAUAAAGUUAUUAUUAAAUGAAUUACCCUAACCCAAACCCUUAAAAAAAACUAUUGUCAAUCUCAAAAAAUCUCUGGCAAAUAAAGUUGAUUGAUUCCCUAAACUGA